GCGGGGAGGAGGUGGCGGUGGCGGCUGGAAGAUGGCGGCGGGCGGAGGCUCCGCGGGCCGGCCCGGCGCGGCGUGGGUGCUGAUCGCCGCCGCCCUCGCCGCCGAUGAGAUCCCUGAGACAAGAUACCGAGGACAGAGAGACCUGAGAAUAGAGAGCCUUGGUGAAGAAUGAAGAUCCAUGAUGGGAAAAAUAAGAAAAGAUUAUCAAAGUAUCAGCAGUAGAGGUCAACACGCCGGAGGAGAUGUUUGUGGAGAACGGGACAGACGCGAAGCUUCCCUGCACGUUCACGUCCGUGGAAGUGAUCAGCAGCGCAGCGUCUGUGUCCUGGAGCUUUCAACCAGAGGGAGCCGCAACUCGUAUCUCAUUUUUCUAUUACUCUAAUGGAAAAUCAUACCCUGGAAAGGACAUACCAUUUAAAGACAGGAUCACUUGGGCUGGAGAUCUUAACAAGAAAGAUGCUUCUAUCACUAUAUCAAACAUGCAGUUCCGGGACAACGGCACGUACAUUUGUGAUGUCAAGAACCCACCUGACAUUGUUGUCAAACCAGGAGAAAUCCGAGUUAGAGUUGUGGAGAAAGACAGCCUGCCUGCGUUCCCCAUUGCCACGGUGGCGGGGAUAGCCAUCGGUACGGUUACAGGUCUCUCAUCGCUCAUCUCUAUUGUCGUGUGUCUUGUCAUCAGAAAGAACAACUCUAAAAAACGAUACUCUGGCUGCAGUACCUCUGAGAGCUUGAUGUCUCCGGUUAAGCAGGCUCCGCAGAAGGCGCCCUCCGACACAGAGGGCCUGGUAAACAGCGUGCCCGCCAGAUCACACCAGGGCCCAGUCAUUUACGCGCAGUUAGAUCACUCCGGGGGACAGCACAGCGACAAGAUCAACAAGUCAGAGUCCGUGGUCUACGCCGACAUCCGGAAGAACUGAGAUGAGAUCCUAAGCUGUCCAAAGGAGAACACACACUCAGACUGGAAUUGCUUGAACAAGAUUUGACCCAGAGAACUCACAUGUGGCCUUUGAUGCCUAGGCUAGGACCAAUGCAUGUGCAUACAGAGGGAAAGAUAUAUAUGUAUUGUGUGUAAAUAGUCUAUUUAAUCGUACAGAAGUGAGACCAAUGUUGCAUGUUGAAAUGCGGUAAGAAUUUUUGCUUAUAAAUCGCCGAUAUUCUUUUUUGUAUCAUGUGUGACGAGAGAGAAAGUGAAAACUCGCAUCACGAUUUUUAAAUAUUUUUAUCUUGAUUAUUAAUGGAGAAACUGGAAGAUGCCUGAAGAUUCUAGAUUGACCUGGAGAUUCUUUCUUUUUCCUUUUUUUUUUUUUUUUUUUUUGCUUAUAAGGCCUUCUUUUGUUGAGAUGAAUAUAAAGGAGACAUCUUCUUUAUAUCCACUGAAUUCCUUAUGUAUACAGGGUAUUUAUCUUUCUUUGGUCAGAUUCUUGGUAAAAGCUGCCUUCUCAUGUAAACUAGACCCUCUCACUUGGUCUUGUAAGCCAAAUUGUGACUCCUAGCUGUCAGAAAUGUAUGUCUUAGCAGUGUAAGUGAAGGAAGUCUUUAGGCCUACCUGACCUGUGUAACACAGGUCACAGAACUGUUUACUUCUCUAUGAGCCCAGCUGUUCAAGAUUAAUCCUUUGAGGUGCAGGGAUAGUGUUGAUCUAAUGAAUUUUGUGGAAUGGUAUGAAUGAAUUUUGUGAACACUAAGGAGAUAGUGAGUUAAAGGCAUAGGAAGCUGUAGCUGUAGGUGGUUACCUCAGACUCUGUUGAACCUUUCAGUGAAAUGUUUCUUCCUCAAAGCUGUGUCAUUUCAUGUAAGUGUGAAAAAGGGCUCCAAAGGAUCUGGAAGCUGUAGUACUCCCUUACUUCUCCCAUGGCUCCGUUAUACCACUGUCACCUCCUUAGAGGUGCUUUAUCUGUUCUUAAAAGCCUGUAGUGGAUGCUGAAUGACCUCUGGAGAAUGUCUAGGGCUCUUUGUGUUUUUUUGAUGUGUGGUUUUUUUUGGUGUAACCUAUAUUUGCACAGAGGAUGCAGAAGGGCAGUUUAUUUCCUUCAUCUCUGCAAGUCUACUGCUUGAGUAUAGUUCCCCAGCUUCUUGUUUCUAGGUUAAACUCCUCCUAGAUUGUUAAGGAUCUCUGCUGAUGAGGAUCUUUCUUCUGCUGAUCCACAGUAUCCUGAAAUCUGGUGCUCAGAGCUAGAAGUGGCAUUCCAGCAGAGAUCUUCUCAGAGUAACAUAUGGUAGAAGGAUUUCUGUUUUGUGCAUCCUAAUGUGGUGUCGUUUGGCCUUUUUUUGUGGCAGCAAAUGAUUUUCAGUUUGGUCUCUCAUAACGCCUUGUCUCUGAUUCUUACCCAUUUCCUAGUUCUGUCUUGUUGCACGGAAUCAGUCACAGAAUGGUUGAGGUUGGAAGGGACCUCUGGAGAUCAUCUAGUCCAACCCCUGCUCCUCAAGCAGGGUCAGCCAGAGCAGGUUGCCCAGCACUGUGCCCAGCUCUGAGUAUCUCCAUGGGUGGAAACUCUACAGCAUCUCUGGGCAAUCUGUUCCAAAUGAACUCAAGCCUAAUGUAACACCAAGUAAAUGAGAAAUAGUUAUAGGCCCGUGGAAGACCCUUUCAGAACCACAUUAGAUAAUCCUUUGAUUAUAACAGUGGAACUUUAAUAGCUGUUUUUUGUACAGUGGGUUUUUUUUUCUCAACAAAGUUGGGCAUGCCAACACUAUAUCCCUUCAUCAGGAUCAGCCUUCACAGGUUUUCUGACAACACCUGCCUUUAUUAGAAGUUGACAGCUUUAUUUUUGUAUACAUGCACUGCCUAGAUUUUAAGACAUUGUCCUCAAAGCCAGAACCAGCUUCUUAAAACUGAGGCUCAAAAGGAAACCAUGGAUUGAUUUAUUCUGCUCGAUGUCAGUUCCUAAUCCUGCAAUAUCUGAAUUUGUGUCACCCUUGUUACAGGACUUGGCUGAUAUCAAAGAAAGGACAUGUUUCAAGAUGUUUUUAAGAUAUCAGUUUUCAGAUGUUUGCCAAGUCCUGUUGGGAGCUGAGACACUGUGCUGUGGCUCACUAACCAUUGCAGCUCUGAAAGUUAUGUAGCAUUUUAUUUUUUGGCAGUAAUGCAUACAAGAUGAAAAAUGAACAAAUUUCUUCUCCACAGAAGGCCUUUAAAUAUAAUUUUCUACUUCGAGGAUUAAACAGGGGUUUUAGCAAGACUCCACAUGAUGGGCUAUGAUGCUUCUUCCCAGUGCUGGAAGCUGAUGGAGUGGGACCUACUUGUCCCAGACACACUCAGGGGCAGUUUGCCAACUCAAGCUUCCAUCUGUUGAUACCGUCCAGUAUCUGUUGUGUGCCAAAGCACUGUUCUUAGUUGCUGCAGAACUCACAUUGGUGACUGUAGCCAGCAAAUUCUUUACUCAGAAGGUGGGGACGCCCUGGCACAGGCUGCCCAGAGAAGUUGUGGAUGUCCCGUCCCUGGAAGUGUUCAGGGCCAGUUUGGAUGGAGCUCUGAGCAACCUGGUCUAGUGGAAGGUGUCCCUGCCCGUGGCAGGGGUGUUGGAACAAGAUGGUCCUUAAGGUCCCUUCCAACCCAAACCAUUCUGUGCUUCUGUAUGAUCUCCUCAGGUGCUGGAUUCUGCACCUGGGAUGGGGCAGCCCUGGAUGCAUGGACAGACUGGGGAAUGAGGUGCUGGAAAGGAAUGCCACGGAAAGGGCCCUGGGGGUCCUGGUGGGUGGCCAGUUGGCCCUGAGUCAGCAGUGCCCUGGCAGCCAGGAGGGCCAACCCUGUCCUGGGGGGGCAUCAGGGACAGCAUCUCCAACCGGGCCAGGGAGGGGAUUGUCCCGCUGUGCUCUGAGCUGGGGCGACCUCACCUGCAAUAUUGGGGCAGUUUUGGGUGUCACAGUAUAAGAAAGAUAUUAAGCCAUUAGAGAGCAUCCAGAGGAGGGCAACAAGGAUGGGGAAGGGUCUGGAGGGGAAGCCAUGUGAGGAGCAGCUGAGGGCACUUGGUUUGAUCAUCCUGGAGAAGAGGAGGCUGAGAGGAGACCUCACUGCAGUUACAACUUCCUUGGGAGAGGAAGAGGAGAGGCAGGAACUGAUCUCUUCAUCUCAUGACCAGUGACAGGACUCGAGGAAAGGGUGUGAAGCUGAGCUGGGGGAGAUUUAGGUUGGAUAUUAGAAAAAGGUUCUUUACCCAGAGGGAGGUUGGGUACACUGGAACAGGCUCCUCAGAGAAGUGGUCACAGCACCAAGCCUGACAGAGUUCAAGAAGUUUUGGACAACACUAUCAGGCACAUGACUCUUGGGGAUGGUCCUGUGCAGGACCAGGAAUUGGACUUGAUGGUCCUGGUGGGUCCCUUCCAACUCAGCAUAUUCUCUGGUUCUGUGAUUAGGAGCAGAAUGAAUCCUCCUGCUGCUGCUUUCCUUAACUACCAGGCUAUUACUUCCCAACAUUUGUUUUACACUUAAUAAUAAACUAAUGCUUUUGAUGUGGUUGAUGGAGAACCUUGAUUUUGAUCUACCUGCAUUCAUGUCUGUACAUCACCAUCUUUCUCCCCAAGAAAGUAUUUUCGAGUAAGAGGGAGAAUUGCAAUGAAUGUAGUGAUCAAAAACUUGCUGCUAUGAGAAGAUGGGGCUGGCCUUGCCUCUGAAUUCUGCUACUAAUGUUUGUUUCUUUUCCUGCUGGAAUAUACUGGAGAAUCUGAGCACAAUUCUGAUGUGGUGCUAACUUUAGGAAUCACACUAAUCUGGUGCUAACUUUGGGAGACGUGCUGAUCUGGUGCUGACUUCAGGAGAAACACUGAUCUGGCUAAUGCUGACUGAUGUAAGGAGACACCUCCUUGCAUGGCUUUUGUCUGGCUACGGGUACAUAGAUAUUGCCUAGACUGAGGAGGCACCUUGCAAGGCUGCUUGGGUCCUCUUUGUGAAGGCAGAAUGAGCUUUGAAGUAUUUUUAAAAAACACUGAACAUCUUUUUAGAAAGAAACAAAAUACUCUUCCCCCAGGAAUGGCAGAAAUCAGCCUGAAUCCCUCUCCAGUGGUAGGGCUGUUCAAUUUUUUUUUUGUCAUGAAAAUGUGAACAAUGUAGCUAUUAAGUGACAGAUUGAAGUCAAAAGGACUUCAGGCAUUGUGAGACAACACUUGUGAACUUUCUGUCCAUCAGGUUAUCUUAUCUUGUUUAAUGAUAUGAUAACCUGUGCUGGUGAACAGGACUGAGGGUGAGUUGGCUUACUUAGUAAAGUCACAGGAGACAGAGGACUUCUACUUCCUUGAUGGGUAGAGCAAACAGAGGUUAAAGUCAAACAAGGUCAUCAUAUCCUGACGUUGUGGUGACCAGAAGUUUAGCUCUGCUUGCUCUGCUGCUCCUGGCAGGUUGAAAAGAACAGCUUGAACUUUGAGGAGCACGAAGGGCAUUGCCCUUGUCCUGCUGUAGGACUGCUGCCAGCUCUUUUUAGGAUCAUCUAUUUUAAAAAGAAGUGCUGCAUGCCAAGCUUGCAGCAGCCCAGCAGAGGAGUAGGUGCCUCUCUUGAGGCAGCAGCCUCGAGGAGUAAAACUAGGUGGGUCAUUGCUCCUGGAUAGCGGACCUGGGGAAGGUCUGUGUGAUGGAAAAGACUUGCAAUGAAUUCUCUUUUAUUCAUCAUGCAAACAAAACUGGGAUCAAUCUGAAAUCUUCUUUAUUUUUGAGUACCAUAAAUGAGUUUCAGGAGAAGGAUUACAAAUAAUUGUAAGGUACCAGUGGAAGUAAUUUAAUAGCUGUACUCAGUACCUCAGAUAUCCACUGCCCCUUCUGACUUCAGCAGUUGUUCUGUGGGGAAGAUGGUCACCAUGUUCAUGAGGUGGCAUUAAGAGCCAUAACAGGGUGGCAAGUACGUCCCUGUAACUCAUUGUCCGAUGUGUCAUUUACAACCAGAGACCUGCAGGGUUUUGUUUUCUCUCAAAGCUUUAGUGAUAUUUCAGUUUGUGACUAGAAGAGCUGUAAUUAGGUUUUUAAACUUUUUAAACCUGUGAGAACUGUUUAGGUAACCAUCUGUAACUGCAGUAAAUGUGUAUGUGCAACUUAGGAGCUGCAUCACCUUAGAGUGGAUUCACUGAGGUCAGGCACAGACUGAUUGAUUUGUAACCAAAACACCUUGUCUUGGAAUUUUGCAUUACUAAUGUAUCUGCCUGGGACCUCAAAUGCUCUUAUUGUAUAAUAGGUGAUGGAAAUAUUUUCUCUUUAAAACCACCAAAGUGGAGAAGAUGGGUAAGACUUCUGGGCUGUUCUAGUAUUUAGGUGACAUUUUUAUAUGGGACACUACAAAAUCAUAUUAACUACGCUCAGCAAUUAUACUCUUCUUGAGGCUUCUCUUUCCCUUCUCUUCACUGCCCUAAAGCUAAUAAGCCCUUUCAUUUACAGGUAUUUUUGCACUCUAAAAUCUAAGUUCCAUGCCUUUGGAGAUCAGUGUGCUGUGCAAUGUCUUCUGUCUCCCUGCAAUGCCAGCUGUUCUUACGUGGUAAAUGUGAUUGAAAACAGAGUACACGGGUACUUGUCUUUUGUGAACCUCUGUCCUGGAGGUGUGCAAGAAAACAAACACCUGUAAGACAGGUGUAUAAUCUGUGUGAGGGAGCUGGAUAUGCAUUGCAUGGCCUGAUUACUUGAAGAGCCAGUGUACCAACUGUUAGUGCUUUUGCUUUUACAGACUCAUCUGGAAACAGUUAUCUUGGAUAUUUUUUCUUGAAUGGACUUCCAUGUUUUGUAUUGUUAUCUUGUGAAUAUUUUAAUACACUUUUUUUUUUUCCCAUUA